CAGCAGCAGAGGUGGUGGGGAACGAAUGAACAUUUGAUGCACGUUUUUAUUUCCCCCUGUGGCUUCUUUAUCAGGGCAGGGAGAACAAAAGACGGACAACUGCCUGGUUACAGGCGCCAGACCUCCUUCAUCGCGACUGCAUAUUAGGACUAGCUUGAUGUUUGGUUCAGCCUGCUAGCUUUUGUGGCAGGGCUGUCCACGCACCCAAGGACCCCCCUGAUCAACCCCGGGCUGGGAGAAGCCUCAGCUUUUUUUUAUUUAUUUAUUUUUUUGCAUUGACACUCUACCAAAAUCACUCUCCGCGCGCGCAGACAGCGGCAGACCUCAGCGGCUCCAUUGCGCACACGGAAAGCUGGUUUCCAGUGAGGAGCAUCAUCGCUCGGGCACGGUUACACGUCGUCGCCUGUCUGCAACCUCCAGCUUGACAGGACCAAGAGGCGAUUUAUGACUAGGAUUCUUUCCAAAUAGGCUACAAUGUUGCACAUCCCGGCCAACGUGUUGGUGGCAGGAUUGUUCUUCCUGGGAUUCCUACACAGUUUGGAAGUAAUCGCCCAGGCAAGGGGUGUUGAAGCCCCAAGGAGUUGCAGUCCAAAGCAGUUUGUGUGUAAAGAUGGGGUGACGUGCAUCUCUAAGGGCUGGCGCUGCGAUCGUGAGAAGGACUGCCCAGAUGGCUCUGAUGAGGAACCGGAUGUUUGUCCACACAGCACCAUAUCACACUGCCCACCCAACGAGUACCAGUGUGGAGGGACAGAGUUGUGCAUCCACAUGAGCAAACUGUGCAACGGGGUCCCAGACUGUACUGAUGGCUGGGAUGAGGGACCACACUGCAGAGAGUACAUGUCCAACUGCUCCAUCAUAGGCUGUCAGGAAAACUGUGCAGUUACUCCAGCAGGGCCUGCUUGCUACUGUAACAGCGGUUAUGAGAUCAGCGCUGAUGGAAAGACAUGUAAAGACUUUGAUGAGUGCAGUGGGUAUGGGACUUGCAGCCAGACCUGUACUAACACUGACGGGUCCUACACUUGUUCAUGCGUGGAGGGUUACCUGUCCCAGCCAGACAACCGCUCCUGCAAAGCCAAGAACGUGCCAGUAGACCGCCUCCCUGUCUUGCUGAUUGCCAACUCCCAGAACAUCCAAGCCACCUCCCUGAGCGGCACCACAGUCCAUAGUCUGUUGUCUACCAGCACUAAACAAACCACAGCUAUGGACUUCAUUUAUGCCAAGGAAACUGUAUGCUGGAUCCAUGUGGGAGACUCCCCCUCAUCCACACAUCUCAAAUGUGCCUUGAUUCCCAAUCUCAAGAGCUUCACAGAGGAAAGAGUGAUAAACAUCUCCUUCAGCCUGCAUCAUGUGGAGCAGAUGGCCAUUGAUUGGCUCACCGGAAACUUCUACUUUGUGGAUGAUGUGAACGACAGGAUCUUUGUGUGUGACAAGAAUGGCCAGACAUGUGUCACCCUCCUGGACCAGGAGCUGUACAAUCCUAAAGGCAUUGCUCUGGACCCAACGAUGGGGAAGGUGUUUUUCACCGACUAUGGUCAGAUCCCAAAAGUGGAGCGCUGUGACAUGGAUGGCCAGAACCGAACCAAACUUGUUGACAGCAAGAUCGUGUUCCCCCACGGCAUCACAUUGGAUCUUGUCAGCCGGCUGGUGUACUGGGCUGAUGCGUACCUAGACUACAUUGAGGUGGUGGACUAUGAAGGCAAGAAUCGACACACCAUCAUCCAAGGCCUGCUGAUUGAGCAUCUGUAUGGGCUUACUGUGUUUGAAAACUAUCUGUAUGCCACCAACUCAGACAACGCUAACAUGCAGCCAAAGACUAGUGUGAUCAGGGUCAACCGCUUCAACAGCACAGACUAUCAUGUGGUGACCAGGGUGGACAAAGGAGGAGCGCUGCAUGUCUACCACCAGAGACGCCAGCCUCCAGUGCGCAGUCAUGCAUGUGAAGUGGACCAGUUUGGGAAGGCUGGAGGCUGCUCUGACAUCUGUCUUCUGGGUAAUGGACACAAGACCCGGACCUGCCGCUGUCGCUCUGGAUUUAGCUUGGGCAGUGAUGGCAAGUCUUGCAAAAAACCUGAGCAUGAGCUCUUCCUGGUUUAUGGAAAAGGUCGUCCAGGUGUCAUCAGGGGUAUGGAUAUGAACACUAAGGUGCCAGAUGAGUACAUGAUCCCAAUUGAGAAUCUGAUGAACCCCAGAGCCCUGGACUUUCAUGCUGAGAGCGAGUUCAUUUAUUUUGCUGAUGCCACCAGCUACAUCAUUGGACGACAGAAGAUUGAUGGAACAGAGAGGGAUACCAUCCUAAAGGAAGGGAUCCACACGGUCGAGGGUAUUGCUGUGGACUGGAUGGCCGACAACUUGUACUGGACUGAUGAUGGACCCAAGAAAACUAUCAGUGUGGCUCGGCUAGAGAAGGCUUCACAGACACGCAAAACUCUCAUUGAGGGGAAAAUGACUCACCCUCGUGCCAUUGUGGUGGAUCCUCUUCAUGGGUGGAUGUAUUGGACAGACUGGGAGGAGGACCCUAAGGAGAGCAAGCGAGGCAAAAUUGAGCGGGCUUGGAUGGAUGGCUCUAAUAGAAAUGUCUUCCUGACAAGCAAAACAGUGCUAUGGCCCAACGGUCUGAGUCUGGACAUCCCACAGGGCCUUCUCUACUGGGUGGAUGCUUACUACGACCGAAUUGAGAUGGUCUACCUCAACAGCUCCGGGCGCAAGACUGUGUAUGAAGGUCAGGAGCUGAACCACGCCUUUGGUCUUUGCCACUAUAAACACUUCUUGUUCUGGAACGAGUACCGUAGUGGUAGCAUUUACAAACUGGACACCACCACCGGCACUGCCACCCUAUUGCGCAAUGAGCGGCCACCCAUCUUUGAAAUCAGGAUGUACGAUGCUCAGCAGCAGCAAGGCUCUAAUGCAUGUCGCGUGUACAACGGUGGCUGCAGUAGUCUGUGUCUGGCCAUACCAGGUGGCAGACAAUGUGCCUGCGCAGAAGACCAAAUACUUGACCCAGCUGACAACACCACCUGCAAAGCCAACCCGUCUUAUGUACCCCCUCCUAAGUGCCAAGCAGGAGAGUUUGCUUGUAAGAACAACCGCUGCAUCCAGGAGCGCUGGAAAUGUGAUGGAGACAACGACUGUCUGGAUAACAGCGAUGAGGCUCCUGAGCUGUGCCACCAGCACACUUGCCCCACAGACAGAUUUAAGUGCAAGAACAACCGCUGCAUCCCUCUGCGCUGGCUGUGUGAUGGAGACAAUGAUUGUGGGAAUGAUGAGGAUGAAUCCAACACUACUUGCUCAGCCCGUACAUGCCCACCUAAUCAGUACUCAUGUGCUAGCGGACGCUGCAUCCCUAUUUCCUGGACAUGUGACCUGGAUGAUGACUGUGGCGAUCGGUCAGAUGAACCUGCUUCCUGCGCCUACCCCACCUGUUUUCCCCUCACCCAGUUCACCUGCAACAACGGACGCUGUAUCAACAUUAACUGGCGCUGUGAUAAUGAUAACGACUGUGGGGACAACAGUGAUGAGGCCGGUUGCAGUCACUCCUGCUCUAGCGCUCAGUUCAAGUGUAACAGCGGCCGAUGCAUCCCAGAUUACUGGACCUGUGAUGGAGAUAAUGACUGUGGGGACUACAGCGAUGAGACCCAUGCAAACUGCACCAAUCAGGCCACGCGUCCACCUGGUGGUUGUCAUACAGAUGAGUUUCAAUGUCGUAUGGAUGGCCUUUGCAUCCCCAUGCGUUGGCGCUGUGAUGGGGACACCGACUGCAUGGACAUGAGUGAUGAGAAAAACUGUGAGGGUGUCACACACAUGUGUGAUCCAGCUGUCAAGUUUGGUUGCAGGGACUCUGCACGCUGUAUCAGCAAAGCCUGGGUUUGUGAUGGCGACAGUGACUGUGAGGACAACUCAGAUGAGGACAACUGUGAGGCGCUGGUGUGUAAGCUCUCUCACCAUGUGUGUGCCAACGACUCCACCAUCUGCCUGCCUGCAGAGAAACUUUGUGAUGGCACUGAUGACUGCCCAGAUGGCUCUGAUGAAAAACUCUGUGACUUGUGUUCUCUGGACAAUGGCGGCUGUAGCCAUAACUGCACAGUGGCUCCUGGUGAGGGGGUCAUCUGUUCAUGUCCGCUGGGUAUGGAGCUGGGGUCUGACAAUAAAACUUGCCAGAUUCAGAGCUUCUGUGCCAAACACCUCAAGUGCAGUCAACGCUGUGAACAGGACAAGUUCAGUGUGAAAUGCUCAUGUUAUGACGGCUGGGAACUGGAGCCUGACAUGGAAAACUGCAAGAGCACUGAUCCAUUCAAACCCUUUAUCAUUUUCUCAAACCGCCAUGAGAUCCGCCGCAUUGAUCUGAAUAAGGGGGAAUUCAGUGUGUUGGUACCUGGCCUCAGAAACACCAUCGCCCUUGACUUCCAUCUCAGUCAGAGUGCACUCUAUUGGACUGAUGUGGUGGAAGACAAGAUCUAUCGUGGGAAGCUGUCUGAGAAUGGAGCUUUAACUAGCUUCGAUGUGGUAAUCCAGUACGGGCUGGCUACACCUGAGGGUCUGGCAGUGGACUGGAUCGCAGGAAACAUUUACUGGGUGGAAAGCAACCUCGAUCAGAUUGAGGUGGCCAAGUUGGAUGGCACCAUGCGGACCACACUACUGGCAGGGGAGGUGGAGCAUCCUCGAGCUAUUGCGCUUGACCCUCGGGAUGGGAUUCUCUUCUGGACAGACUGGGAUGCCAGUUUGCCAAGAAUUGAAGCUGCAUCCAUGAGUGGAGAAGGCAGGAAGACCAUCCAUAAGGAGACUGGCAAUGGAGGCUGGCCAAACGGACUCACUGUGGAUUAUCUGGAGCGGCGCAUCCUUUGGAUUGAUGCCAGAUCUGAUGCCAUUUACUCAGCCAAGUAUGAUGGUUCUGGACUUAUUGAGGUUCUGAGGGGUCAUGAAUAUCUCUCACAUCCAUUUGCCGUCACCAUGUAUGGUGGAGAGGUUUACUGGACAGACUGGAGGACCAACACACUUGCAAAGGCAAACAAGUGGACUGGCAGCAACGUCACAGUUGUCCAAAGAACCAAUACACAACCCUUUGACCUACAGGUCUACCAUCCAUCCAGACAGCCACAAGCUCCUAACCCGUGUGAAGCUAAAGACGGCAAGGAACCCUGUUCUCACCUCUGUCUUAUCAACUUCAGUCAGACAUUCUCAUGCGCUUGUCCUCACCUCAUGAAGCUGGGCCCUGACAGACGUACUUGUUAUGAAUCUCGUCAGUUUUUACUGUAUGCUCGACAGACAGAAAUCAGAGGAGUGGACAUCGACAACCCAUACUACAACUAUAUCAUCUCAUUCACUGUGCCGGACAUUGAUAAUGUGACUGUGGUAGACUAUGAUGCUCUUGAGCACCGGAUCUACUGGUCAGAUGUUCGAACUCAGACUAUCAAGAGAGCUUUCAUCAAUGGGACCGAAGUUGAGACUGUGGUGUCUGCUGAUUUGCCCAACACUCAUGGCCUGGCAGUAGACUGGGUGUCCAGGAACCUGUUCUGGACCAGUUAUGAUGCCAAUAAGAAACAGAUCAAUGUUGCCAGACUGGAUGGCUCCUUCAAAAAUGCUGUUAUCCAAGGCUUGGACAAACCACACUGUCUGGUUUUGCAUCCAAUACUGGGGAAGCUGUACUGGACAGAUGGAGACAACAUCAGCAUGGCCAACACGGAUGGCAGCAACCGCAGUGUCCUCUUCAUUGACCAAAAAGGCCCUGUUGGCCUCUCUAUUGACUUUGAUACUGAGCAGCUAUACUGGAUCAGCUCCGGAAACAGCACCAUCAACCGUUGUAAACUUGACGGCUCUGGACUGGAGGUGCUUGAAGGGGUGAAGGGCAAGCUGACCAAGGCUACUGCUAUGGCCAUCAUGGGGGAUAAGUUGUGGUGGGCAGACCAUGGAACUGACCAGAUAGGAACCUGUGACAAAAAAGACGGUGGCAGCUGGAAAGUCCUGAGGAACAGCACUUCACUCAUGAUGCACAUGAAGAUCUACAAUGAAACUGUGCAGACAGGCACAAAUCUCUGCAGUAAUAACAAUGGAGACUGCUCCCAGCUGUGUCUCCCCACCUCACCGACCACCAGAGCCUGCAUGUGCACGGCAGGUUACAGCCUGCGCAGAGGGCAGCAGUCUUGUGAGGGUGUGGGCUCUUUCCUUUUGUACUCGGUGCAUGAGGGCAUUCGCGGUAUUCCUUUGGACCCAUCAGACAAGUCUGAUGCCCUGGUACCAGUGUCUGGCACCACCUUAGCUGUUGGCAUUGAUUUUCAUGCUGACAAUGACACGAUCUACUGGGUGGAUAUGGGCCUGAGUACCAUCAGUAGGGCCAAAAGAGACCAGACCUGGAGAGAGGAUGUGGUCACUAAUGGCAUUGGCAGGGUUGAGGGCAUUGCUGUUGACUGGAUAGCUGGAAACAUCUACUGGACAGAUCAGGGUUUUGAUGUUAUUGAAGUGGCCCGACUAAAUGGCUCUUUCCGCUACGUGGUGAUCUCUCAGGGCCUAGACAAGCCACGUGCCAUCACUGUCCAUCCUGAGAAAGGCUACCUGUUCUGGACAGAGUGGGGCCAGUAUCCCCGCAUUGAGCGGUCUCGCUUAGAUGGCUCUCAGAGGGCUAUUCUGGUUAAUGUCAGUAUCAGCUGGCCCAACGGGAUCUCCAUUGACUAUCAGGAGGGUCUGCUGUAUUGGUGUGAUGCCAGGACAGAUAAGAUUGAGCGCAUUAAUCUGGAAACCGGGGAAAAUAGGGAGGUGGUGCUGGCCAACAAUAACAUGGACAUGUUCUCUGUGUCUGUGUUUGAAAGCUACAUAUAUUGGAGUGACAGGACCCAUGCUAAUGGCUCCAUCAAGAGAGGCAACAAGGAUAAUGCUACAGACUCUGUCUCUCUGAGAACUGGUAUUGGGGUGCAGCUCAAAGACAUCAAGGUUUUCAACAGGGCCAGACAGCAAGGAACAAAUGUUUGCAAAGACAACAAUGGUGGGUGUCAGCAGCUUUGUCUUUACCGUGGCAACGGGCAGCGUACAUGUGCCUGCGCUCAUGGCAUGCUGGCUGAAAAUGGCAGGAGCUGCCGCGACUACGAUGGCUAUCUUCUCUACUCAGAGCGUACAAUACUUAAGAGCGUCCACCUGUCAGAUGAAAACAACUUGAAUGCACCCAUAAAGCCAUUCGAGGACCCCGAGCACAUGAAAAACGUCAUUGCACUCACUUUUGACUACAGGGGAGGUGGAGGAAAAGGAGCUAACCGCAUCUUCUUCAGUGACAUUCAUUUUGGCAACAUCCAGCAGAUCAGCGAUGACGGGUCAGACCGCAAGACUAUAGUAGAGAAUGUGGGCUCAGUGGAGGGUUUGGCAUAUCACAGAGGUUGGGAUAUGCUGUACUGGACGAGCUACACCACCUCAACCAUCACCCGCCACACUGUGGAUCAGAGUCACUGGGGUGCUGUUGAUCGACACACUGUGGUCAGCAUGUCUGGAGAUGACCAUCCAAGGGCCUUCGUUCUGGAUGAGUGUCAGGGUCUGAUGUUUUGGACCAACUGGAAUGAGCAAUCUCCCAGUAUUAUGCGUGCCACACUUGCUGGUGCCAAUGUCCUUGCGAUCAUCAGCACGGACAUCAGAACCCCUAACGGCCUUGCCAUAGACCACCGUGCAGAAAAGCUGUAUUUCUCUGAUGCCACACUGGACAAGAUCGAGCGCUGCGAGUAUGACGGCAGCUGGCGCUAUGUUGUCCUAAAGAAUGAGCCAGUUCAUCCAUUUGGCCUGGCUGUUUAUGGAAACUACAUCUUCUGGACUGACUGGGUGAGGAGGGCUGUGCUUCGGGCUGACAAAUACACAGGGGGAGAGAUGAAGGUUCUUCGUGCUGACAUCCCCCAGCAGCCAAUGGGUAUUGCUGCAGUGGCCAACGACACUAAUAGCUGUGAGUUCUCUCUGUGUCGUUUCUACAAUGGAGGAUGUCAGGACCUGUGUCUCCUGACCUCUGAGGGAAGGGUCAACUGCAGUUGUCGUGGUGACAGGAAGCUUUUGGAGGACAACACCUGCAUCGCCCUCAACACUACAUGUAACAACAUUGAUGAGUUUGAGUGUGGAAACGGAGACUGCAUCAACUACACGCUGACUUGUGACGGCAGAGCGCACUGCAAGGACAAGUCGGAUGAGAAACAGUCCUACUGUGCCAACCGUGUGUGCAAGAAGGGUUACAGGCGAUGUGUAAAUAGCCGCUGUGUGGGUCACAGCUUCUGGUGCAAUGGGCACGACGACUGUGGAGACAAUUCUGAUGAGCUCUUCUGUAACACCACACUGUGCUCAGUCGAUCAGUUCCAGUGCAAAGAUGGAAGCUGCAUCUCCAACUCCAGCAAAUGUAACCAGAAGGUGGACUGUGAAGAUGCUAGUGAUGAGAUGAACUGCACUGCCACGGACUGUUCCAGUUACUUCCACCUGGGAGUGAAGGGAGUGAUGUUUCAGAAGUGUGAGUUCACCACACUCUGCUAUGCACCUGCAUGGCAGUGUGAUGGAGCCAAUGACUGUGGAGACUUCUCAGAUGAAAGAAAUUGUCCAGGGAGCGGGAAAGCAAAGUGUCCUACGCCCUUCUUUGCCUGUCCAAGCGGCCGUUGCAUCCCUAUGAGCUGGACAUGUGAUAAGGAGAAUGACUGUGAGAACGGUGCAGAUGAAGCUCACUGUGAUAAGUUCUGCUCAGCUACUCAGUUUGAGUGUGGGAACCACCGCUGUAUUCCCAACCGCUGGGUGUGUGACGGGGCCGACGAUUGUGGUGACAGCACAGAUGAAGACAGCAAGUGCAAGACUAAAACCUGCAGCCCAGAAGCUUUCCAGUGCCAUGGGUCAAAUAUGUGUAUUCCUCAGCGUUGGAAGUGUGAUGGUGACAAAGACUGUCCUGAUGGAGCUGAUGAGAGCGUUAAAGCUGGCUGUGUCUUCAACAACACAUGCAGCAGCAACGAGUUCAUGUGCCAGAACAGACAGUGUAUUCCCAAACACUUUGUGUGUGACCAUGACAACGACUGCAGUGAUGGCUCAGAUGAGUCUCAAGAGUGCGAGUAUCCAACAUGUAGACCCAAUGAGUUCCGCUGUGCCAACGGACGCUGUCUUAUUCAGAGCUCAUGGGAAUGUGAUGGAGACUUUGACUGUCACGACCAUUCGGAUGAAGCGCCGAAAAACCCACACUGCUCUGGUCCAGAGAUGAAAUGCAACGACACCGCCUAUGCCUGCAAUAAUGGAAAAUGCAUCAAUGAGACAUUGCUCUGUGACCAUAAAGAUGAUUGUGGUGAUGGCUCUGAUGAGUUGAAUUGCUUUAUUAAUGAGUGCCUGAACAGCAAACUGAGUGGCUGCUCCCAGCUCUGUGAGGACCUUAAAGUAGGGUUUAAGUGCAGAUGCCACACUGGCUUCCAUCUGAAAGACGAUGGAAAGACGUGCGUCGACAUAGAUGAAUGCACAACAACUUAUCCAUGCACGCAGCGCUGCAUCAACACACAUGGCAGUUUCCACUGCCUGUGUGUAGAAGGUUUCCAGCUGAGUCCAGAGAACCCAACAAUAUGCAAAUCCAUUUCAGAUGAGGAGCCCUUCCUCAUUUUUGCCAACCGCUAUUAUCUGAGAAAGCUCAAUUUGGAUGGCUCUAACUACACACUUAUCAAACAGGGCCUAAACAAUGCCGUCGCUCUGGACUUUGACUAUCGCCAGCAGAUGAUUUAUUGGACAGAUGUGAACACUCAGGGUAGCAUGAUCCGACGCAUGCACAUCAACGGCAGUGAUGUUCAGGUACUUCACCGCACGCUACUCAGUAAUCCCGAUGGUCUGGCAGUCGACUGGGUGGGAGGAAAUCUAUACUGGUGCGAUAAGGGACGGGACACUAUUGAGGUGUCAAAGCUGAAUGGAGCAUACCGGACAGUUCUGGUCAACAGCGGCCUGAAGGAGCCGCGGGCUGUUUCUGUGGAUGUUCGUUAUGGGUAUUUGUACUGGUCUGACUGGGGUGACAAUGCCCACAUUGGGAGGAUCGGGAUGGAUGGCACCAACAGAAGGGUCAUCAUACAGGAUAAGAUCACAUGGCCCAAUGGACUGACCUUGGAUUUUGUUAAUGACCGGAUCUACUGGGCCGAUGCUCGGGAGGACUACAUUGCAUUUGCCAGCCUUGAUGGAACCAACAGACACACAGUUCUGGCUCAGGAUAUCCCUCACAUCUUUGCUAUGACUCUGUUCGAGGAGUACAUAUACUGGACAGACUGGGAAACAAAGUCCAUCAACAGAGCUCAUAAGACACUGGGAACCAACAAGACCAUGUUGAUCAGCACCCUGCACAGACCGAUGGACAUUCACAUUUAUCACCCAUACCGCCAGCCUGAAGUGGAAGGCCACCCAUGCCAGACCAACAAUGGAGGCUGCAGUAACUUGUGUUUGCUCUCACCUGGAGGGGGCUAUAAGUGUGCGUGUCCCACCAACUUUUACCUUGCAGCUGAUGGGAAACAGUGCUUGUCCAACUGCACAGCAAGUCAGUUUGUUUGCAAAAAUGAUAAGUGCAUUCCAUUUUGGUGGAAAUGUGACACAGAAGAUGACUGUGGGGACCGCUCAGAUGAACCUGCAGACUGCCCUGAUUUUAAUUGCAGACCAGGCCAGUUCCAGUGUGGCAACGGCAUUUGCACCAACCCGGCCUACAUCUGUGACGGAGACAACGACUGCCAGGACAACUCAGAUGAAGCCAACUGCGAUAUCCAUGUGUGCCUGCCCAGUCAGUUCAAAUGUAACCACCCCAGUCGCUGCAUCCCUGGCAUCUUCCGCUGCAACGGGCAAGACAACUGUGGAGAUGGAGAGGAUGAGAAAGACUGCCCGGAGGUUACAUGUGCCCCCAACCAGUUCCAGUGUGCCAUCAGUAAGCGUUGUAUCCCACGAGUGUGGGUGUGUGACAGGGACAAUGACUGUGUGGACGGAUCUGAUGAGCCUGCCAACUGCACUCAGAUGACAUGCGGCAUAGACGAGUUCCGCUGUAAAAACUCGGGCCGCUGCAUCCCAGCACUUUGGAAGUGUGACGGUGAGCCAGACUGUGGAGACGCUUCAGAUGAACCCAAGGAGGAGUGUGAUGAGCGGACAUGUGAGCCUUACCAGUUCCGCUGUAAAAACAACCGCUGCGUUCCCGGCCGCUGGCGCUGUGACUACGACAAUGACUGUGGGGACAAUUCUGAUGAAGACAAGUGUGUGCCUCGGAAGUGUUCGGAGAGCGAGUUUGCCUGCACAAAUGGCCGUUGCAUUGCUGGGCGGUGGAAGUGCGAUGGGGACCACGAUUGCGCUGAUGGCUCAGAUGAGAAUGGCUGCGAUGUGAAGUGUGACAGUGAUCAGUUCCAGUGUAAAAAUGGCCAUUGCAUUCCCAUCCGCUGGCGGUGUGAUGCAGAUCCGGACUGCAUGGAUGGCAGCGAUGAGGAGAACUGUGACAGUGGUGUGGAUAGACACUGCCCCCAGGAUGAAUUCCAGUGUAACAACACUCUUUGUAAACCUCUUGGCUGGAAGUGUGAUGGUGAGGACGAUUGUGGAGACAACUCUGAUGAGAACCAAGAAGAGUGUGUCAAAUUCCAGUGCCCUCCCACAAGGCAGUUCCGCUGUCAUAACGACCGAGUGUGUCUGUCAGUAUCAAAACGCUGUGACGGUGUGAACAACUGUGGAGAUAACAGCGAUGAGCUGAACUGCCCACCUCCCUCCACAUCAGUAUGUCAAAAGGAUGAGUUCCAGUGCUCCAAUGGCCGUUGCAUUAGUUCUAUUCUGCGCUGCAAUUACUUCAACGACUGUGAGGACCACGGCUCAGAUGAAAUCAGCUGCAGUAAGAACGACACAGUGCUGAAUGACUGCCGCAGUAACAGGACGGUGUGUGGAGAUGGAGAUGAAGCUCACUGUGUGGUGAACGGCACUGAUUCCUUCUGCUCCUGCAAACCAGGCUUCCAGUCAAAUGGAAAGAACAGAUGUGAAGAUAAGAACGAGUGCAAGCAAUUUGGAGUAUGUUCCCACAUUUGCAACAACACGAAGGGUUCCUACAAGUGCAGCUGCCACAAGUACUUCAUAAGAAUAAAUAACACCUGUAAGGCUGAUGCUCAGGGGCAAGUGCUGUACAUCGGUGAUGACAAUGAAAUCCGCAACCUGGAUCCUUCCAUUGCAAAUUGGCGCUAUGAGCAGAUCUUCCAUGGUGAUGACAACGUGCGCAUCGAUGCCAUGGACCUGCAUGUGAAGACAAAUCGCAUUUACUGGACAAACUGGCACACAGGACGCAUUUCUUCCUACGAUUUGCCCUCUUCCUCCUCCUCUCAGAACAGCAACCGUAACAGACGCCAGAGUGACUCCAGGGUCACCAACCUUGAGAUUCCAGAUCUGAAGAUGCCCCGGGGCAUCGCUGUUGACUGGGUGGCAGGGAACUUGUACUGGACUGACUCUGGUAGAGAUGUCAUUGAGGUGGCCCAGAUAAGUGGAGCACACCACCGGAAAACUCUGAUCUCCGGAAUGAUUGAUGAGCCUUAUGCUAUUGUGGUUGACCCCCAGAGAGGGAGAAUGUACUGGGCAGACUGGGGCAACCACCCCAAGAUUGAAACUGCUGGUAUGGAUGGAACCAUGAGAGAGACACUGGUUGAGGAAAACAUCCAGUGGCCAACUGGUCUGGCAGUGGAUUACUUCAACGAGCGUCUGUACUGGGCCGAUGCUAAACUCUCCUUGAUUUGCAGUGUGAGGCUGAACGGUAGCGAUGCAGUUGUGGCAGUAAAUGGCAUUAAAAACAAUCUCAAUCACCCAUUCAGCAUUGACGUAUUUGAGGACUACAUCUAUGGCAUCACAUACAUCAACAACUAUGUUUUCCGAGUUAAUAAGUUUGGUAAAGGUCCCGUUGAGAACCUGACGACUGGAAUGAACCAUGCCACAGAUAUUGUUUUGCACCAUCCUUACAAACAACCUGAAGUGACAAAUCCCUGUGACAGGAAGAAAUGUGAAUGGUUGUGUCUGCUGAGCCCCAGUGGACCAGUCUGCACCUGCCCUAACAGGCGCACGCUGGACAACGGCACAUGUGUGGAGCUGCCGACUCCCACGUUAUCUCCUCUCUCUCCUCCCAGUGGUCCCUGCUGGGUCCAGUGUAUGAACGGUGGCAGCUGUUUCCUGAAUGCCCGUAAACAACCCAAAUGUCGAUGCCAGCCUAAUUAUGGAGGAGAUCGAUGUGAGAUUGAUCAGUGCAGAGACUAUUGCAAGAAUGGAGGCACAUGCACACCUUCCCCUACAGGCUCUCCUACAUGUCGAUGCCUGACAGGCUUCACAGGGCCAAACUGUAACCUGCACACUUGUAAGAAUUACUGCAAGAAUGGAGGCAAUUGUACUGUCAGUGCUGGAAAUCAGCCAAUCUGUCGCUGCCCCCCAGACUUCCUUGGUGAUCAGUGCCAAUAUCGAGGCUGUGAAGACCACUGCCUGAACAAAGGUGCAUGUCUACAGAGUGAAGAUGGCUCUAAAAUGUGCCGCUGUCUGCCCCAGUACACCGGCAACACGUGCGAAAUUGACAAGUGUCACUACUGUCGUGAUGGCGAAUGCAUCACGAGCGAAGGUUUUUCUUCCACAGGGGAAUUCACCUGUCGCUGCAAAAAUGGCAGAAUCCAGCCCAGCUGUUAUACGUGUGAUACAAAUGAGUACUGUGCUAAUGGUCAGUGCUCCAUAAAUCCCAUUACUCGGCUGCCGGAGUGCAGAUGUACGCCUGGCUGGGAAGGACAUCGCUGUGAGUCUGUGGCCAGGGGAAGAGAUAGCUCAGGUUCAGGUGGACGCACAGCCUCCAUUGUGAUCCCAGUGUUGAUCCUGUUGCUGCUGAUCCUCCUGGCUGCAGGAACAUUGUUGUGGUAUAGGAAAAGAAUGAGAGGGUCUAGCCGGCCCGGAAAAACCGGCUCUAGGCGCUUGCGGGCCAAGGGCUUCCAGCACCAAAGGAUGACCAAUGGGGCCAUGAAUGUUGAAAUUGGAAACCCUGCCUACAAGAUCUACGAGGGUGAGCCUGACGAUGAUGCCGGGGAGCUGCUAGACGCAGAUUUCACGUUGGACCCAGACAAGGUGGAGGAAAAUCCCACCAACUUCACAAACCCAGUAUAUGCCACGCUGUACAUGGGAGCUCACAACAGUCGCAACUCUCUGGCCAGCACAGAUGAGAAGAAGGAGUUACUAUCACGUGGAGAUGAGGAGCCCCUCGUGGACCCCCUGGCAUAGACUGUCCAUCAGCCUGGAUCACACUAUUCCAAACACACCCCUCUUCUUGCCUUUUAAAGAAAAAGUAAAUUACAAAAAUCAAUAAAAAAUGAGAGAAAAUAGCUUAAAAAAGUGUGAACACUGUAUAAAAUGUACAAAAUGAAGGACUACUUUUGUAUGUGAUUGCAGUAUUAUAUUUUGUCCUUUAGAGAUUCCUCUGGUCAAAAACGAAAAACAUUUUCUAUGAGAGAUUUUUAAUUUUCACUUUGUCCCUUACCCUUUACCUAAAUAGCCACUACCUCUGUACAAAAUGAAAUAGAAACAAGAAAAUCAGCAGAAAAGACGCUAUCAUUGGAGCAAUUUUAACUUUUUAUUUUUGUAUCAAUUGUAUAGAUAAGAAAAAAAACAUUGUUCCAUUUCACCAGUGCCAACUGUUUGUUGUUUGUGUCAACUUUGAGCGGGAAAGACUAAACUCAAAGUUUUCAAAAUCGGUAGUUAUGAUGUCCUGCUGGGUUUCUCAGCACGAUUGUGUGACGGAUUUGUGACAGCACCGUUUGUGUAUAGCACAUGUAAAAUGUCGAUACCAGAUGGCAACUACAGUAUUUUCCACAAUUUUUUUUUCCCAAAUGAACAACGUUCAUGAAAUGAUUGUGUUGUCUUCCUUGCACAGAAUAUUACAUUUUACCGUUUAGUGUGUACUGUAGGCUUUUUACCGUAAGAUGUAAAGAAGAUUUUUUUGUCACAUAGUGGGAAUUUUGCUGAUGUGUGAGGACAGAAAACGAACUGGAGUGUAAUUGUGCAAUUGGAGAUGGAGAAAGUUGGUUAUGGGUUAAACAUUCCAUGGGUGGAGAUUAAAAAUGUAAAGUUAGGAUGGCCACACCUGGCUGAUGGCUGCAGAUCCAAGACUUCAGUGAUGGUGCCAUGUCUGCACUAUUUAGCCACCGGUUACCAAGGUCUUCCUGCAGAGGGAAAAAGAGGCUGCAGUUUUGGCAAAAUGUCAAGAAGGAGAUUUAGUUGGAUUGUUUGCUUGUUUGUUACUUCAGUCUAGAUUUUUGUAAAGACCAGCUGACGUUCCAUCUGGCUUUGUGAAUAAAUGUAUCUUUCUGCCUUUAGAGAGUCAAAAGUCUGUACGUAAAGUUUUGUAACGACUCAAUCUGAAGUGCAUUAUGUCCAUUCUGUUAGUUUUCUGUUUUUAUUUUUGAUCUCUUAUUAUCCUCUGUGCCCUGCUGCUGCUAACGCUACCACUCUGGUCGCUCUGACUCGUCCUUACGCUCAGCCUCUGUCCCAAAAUGCUGCUUCUGUCAGAAAUGUGUCAGCCAUAUCUUAAUGCAUGUGAAAAGUAACACAAGUCUAUGUAACUACAAUAACUUACGUUUUUAUUUUGCUUAAAGGUCGUGUUAUUUUAAGCUGUUGUAUAUGUUUUGUCAUUAACUGAAAAAGAAGUACAAUCAUUUUACCUAAAGAACAUUUUUGCAGAAUCAUACAUGCAUUUUUAGAAUUUUUUUUCUUUUUUUUUUAUGAAAAAAUGACACAUAGCUUUUAUAGUACACAAUGCAUGGAGGCGCAGACUUUCUUCUGGAAAGAGAAUAAUGUUUAAUUUUUUUGCUGGAGUACUUUACAAGCUAAGUAACAGAUAUUGUUAUAAAUAAAAUUUUAAAAAUUGUACAGAAAACCA